AUGGCCGCGGCCAACGGCGCGAAUGGGCGUGACUCACGUCCUGUGUUCUUCUUCGAUAUCGACAAUUGCCUCUAUUCUAAAGCAUGCAACAUUCACGAUGAAAUGCAAACUCUGAUUAAUAAGUUCUUCGUUAAGCACCUUGAGCUUUCUACCAAAGAUGCGCAUAUGCUCCACCAGAAAUACUACAAGGAGUACGGCCUAGCCAUUGAGGGCCUUACUCGCCACCACCAAAUCGAUCCGCUCGAGUUCAACUAUGAAGUCGAUGAUGCUCUGCCCCUCGACCGUAUAUUGAAGCCCGACUAUAAGCUGCGCGCCCUGCUGGAGAGCUUAGAUACCAGCAAAGUGAAGCCAUGGCUACUUACCAACGCCUAUGUGAACCACGCAAAGCGGGUGGUCAAAUUACUGGGUGUAGAGGAUCUCUUCGAAGGUAUCACAUUUUGUGAUUACGGCCAAUUGCCGUUGGUUUGUAAACCGAGCCAGGAUAUGUAUGCCAAGGCAGAGAAGGAGGCUUGCGCUCCCAGUACGGAAUCGUGCUACUUUGUUGGUAUUGCUGUUCCGCAGGUCCCCGCAUCGAAGUACCAAGUCUCCAGCUUGGAAGAGCUUCGGACUCACUUCCCGACCCUUUUCAAGUCGCAAGGAGUUACCACCGGUCAUCAAGUGUUUGUCAUCGGCUUCCCGAUCCCUGCACUCACGAUGACCGGCCAAGAGAUAUCCCCGGGCUCGGUCAUCACUCUGACCGACGGGCGAGAGGCCACUGUCCGCUUCAUUGGUACCACUCAUUUCGCGGUUGGAGAUUGGAUCGGUAUCGAACUGACUGACGCCACUGGAAAAAAUGAUGGCGCAGUACAAGGAGAGCGAUACUUUGAGUGCGAGCAGGGAUUCGGCAUGUUUAUACGUCCAACAGCUGUGGGCGCGGUGCUCCCACAGCCGGCGCGAGAGAGUAAACAAAGUGUCAGGCCUGGCCCCACGACAGCAGCCAGCAGGCAAAGCGGAGUCUCCGCUGGUAUGAAGAAACCAGGUGCAUUGCCUGCGACAACUGCCAGGAGGCAGAGCACCAAUGCGACCGGAACGCCUACUCCGGCACCGAGAAUAGCCCCUCGAUCUUCUCUUAGGUCCCCGACAAAAUCACCGACAAAGCAGCUCUCUGCAGCUUCGAGCCGCUCGUCCCUUAGCAGUGCCCCGCGCACCUCAACAGUUGCCUCAACUCGACCUCGCCCAUCUCAUGUUUCCAGACCUUCCGCGGGAGCAUCUACAACUCAACCGGUCGCCUCGAGAACCUCCCGUCCUUCUGUACCUACUACAUCCACAAGGACCUCCAGAGCGGGGUCUUCGGUGUCAACUACAACAGCGAGUCUGUCUAAACGAGCAUCUUUGCGGCAGGCUGCUCCACAGAAAGCUUCGGACGGAGGCGAAACUGGGACCAGCGGGUAUUCAGAAGCCCCAACUGAUGUGGAAUCCCUUGAUACCGAAGGCGAGAGCCCGCAGGAUGAAAAUCAAUCUACUGCUCCCGCCCCUGCGCCUGCGCCUAAAGCAUCCAGACAAUCGACAGCCACUCGCGCCACGGCGUCUCGUCCCGGUGCUUCCACCGUCGCACAGCGCCAAACACAAAGUGUCGCAGUGACCAAGGAGAUAGAAGAGCUCAAUACUAAACUCCGUGUCCUGGAAAAGAAACGCGCCGAGGAUCGAGACAAGCUCAAGGCACUCGAACAAAUCCAGACAGAGCGCGACAAGUAUGAGGCGAUUAUUGGGAAGUUGCAGGCCAAGUAUGGACCGCAAAAUACGGAAAUAAUCGAGCUGCGCAAGAAGUACAAAGAAGCCGAGGCUCGUCUAGAGGAGGUAGAGCGAAUGCAGGCCGAGCAUGAGUCGCUUAUGGAAAUGGCUACCCUUGACCGAGAGAUGGCGGAAGAAACAGCGGAAGCCUUCAAACACGAAUGUGAAACACUUCGGUCUAGAAUGGAAGAGCUUCAGUUGGAGGUUGAGGUCCUCCGCGAGGAGAAUGAGGAAUUUAGCCAGGAUACAAGCCCCGAAGAGCGAUCUAGUCAUGGGUGGCUGCAAAUGGAAAAGACCAAUGAACGUCUCCGUGAGGCGCUUAUCCGUUUGCGUGAUAUGACACAGCAGCAAGAAAGGGACCUCAAAGACCAGAUCAAGGAACUGGAACAGGAUCUUGAAGAGUACUCUGCUGUCAAGUCCGACUACGAGGCAACGAAGGAAAAACUUCUCGUUGCAGAGACCAAUGUGGAAGAUCUGAAGCAACAGCUUGAGACUGCACUUGGUGCCGAGGAAAUGAUCGAAGAGCUAGCCGAUAAGAACAUGCGCUACCAGGAAGAGAUCAACGAACUGAAAGCGGCCAUCGAAGACUUGGAGGCGCUGAAGGAGAUCAGUGAUGAGUUAGAGUAUACCCAUAUCGAAACUGAGAAGCAGCUUCAAGAAGAGCUCGACUACAGGGAAGUCGUCUUCAAUGAACAAGUGAAGAAGAAUGAACAGCAGGAAGAGGCCAUUGAGGAGCUAGGAUAUACCCUAGGUCGCUUCAGAGAGCUGGUCACGACUUUGCAGACUGACCUGGAGGACAUGCGGUCAUCUCAACAAAUUUCAGAGGCCGAGGCUACAGACCUCACCACUCGAUCACGAGCCAUGAUGAAUUUGAACAUGAAGCUUCAAGCCUCUGUGUCCAAGGCACAAACCAAGACCAUCGAUGUGGAACUGAACCGGAUGGAGGCAGAGGAGGCGGUACAACACCUUUCAAUCGUCAAGAUUUAUCUGCCUGAAUAUUUUGACGGAGAACGGAAUUCGGUUCUAGCCCUUCUUCGGUUCAAACGUGUCAGUCACAAAGCCAACAUAAUGACCAACACUAUCCGCGAAAAAUCUUCCGACGAGGCAACCCUUGUUACCCUCGAUGAGUUAUUCCACGCCCAUGGGGUCCUUGAACAUCUUCUGUGGAUCGCCACUGUUUGUGAUCAGUUCGUCAAUUAUAUCAGUGCCUGCACACCAGAACAAUUCGCCAGCACCAAGGCUGCUCUAUUUGAGAUGGAACCUGUCGAGCGUACUCUGAACUUCUGGAUUGAUAACUUGAAGAAGAACGAAGUGAACAUGCAAAAAUUCGGAGUGGAAUUGCAUCGCUCCAUUGCUUUGCUUGCGCAUCUGGCGGAGACACUUCUCCCAUCAACCCCCGAGAUGUUUGCGGAUGAAAUAUGCAUGCGAGCGAAUCUCUCCCAGUCAUAUCUCGACCAUAGUGCGACUGGAAUAGCAAGGGUCAAGUCCCUGGUUGCAUCGAAACUUUCGACUUCCGAAGGAGCCCCCGAAGAGAGCAAUGAGGAGAACUCGUUCACUUUGAACAAGCUUGAUACUUUUGUUUCCCAAGCCCGUGGCUUGAAGGUUGCCAUGGGAAAGAUCUCUCGGGCCCUCGAAGACCUGAGAUCGAGGUCUAUGGCGCCUUCACGGGACGAAGCGGAUGGACCCUUCAAAAAUGUCGAGAUGUUCACUCGAGAACUUUCGGAAAUGACGCGGAAACUGGGUUACGAUGUGGUUAAUCUGAUAAGUGAUGAAGGUCGUACUGAACCAUUUACACUUCAAGAGAUUCUCGAUAGCAUGUCUCAGACAUUCGCUGCGCUCGCACCAUCUACUGGCGAUUCAAACGAGUCUAACGAUCCCCUUUUGUUACUCCACAACAAAUUGCGCGAUCUUGGUGACCAGCUGGACGAACUCGACUCGAUUUCAUCAAACCUAUCUCGCACAGUGGAGUUCGAAAGAGGGGCUUUCCCUUGGAUUGCUCGUGCCGAAGAGCUGAAGUCGAACAAAACUAUCUCCCCGGAUGCCGACGAGGAGAUACGUCGGCUGAAGAAUGAGGUACACGAAGUUUCUACUGCUCUAGGCGUAAAGGACAAUACACUCGAAGAGCAAAGUAUCAAGAUUGAGCUUCUGGAAUCCCGGAUGCGCGAAACAAGCAAAAAGGCUUCCAUGUUGAAGGAACUGGAAGCCAAAAUCGAAGAAUUCCAGUCAUCUGGAGCUGAGCUUGAGAAAACCGUCGAGCGACAACAGAAAGAGCUCCAGGCCGUGGAGAAAGAACGCGAGGAAAUCAAAUCCCGCUACGAGAAGUUGAAGCACAUGUCUGGCGCUGCUGGUGUCGCUACUAAUGGCGAUGGCAUUGUCAUCGAUAAUGAGGCUUCUCUGGCCGCAAUGCAAGAAAACGAAUCUCUACGCGCUGAAGUGGAAAGCCUCCAGGCUGCUGUACGCUUCUUGCGCGAAGAGAAUCGUCGGUCAAACCUCCUCGAUCCCUAUUCUGUGCAGCGGUCGACCGAAAUGCAUGCCUGGUUGGAUGCACCACUCACUCGGACAAGCCCUACCGCUGAGCAAGAAAAGGUCCAGCGCACCGCUUUGGAAAGCAGAGAUGUUUUGACUCAUCUUCUCAAGUUGACCAAGGAGACCCGUGUCUGUGAUCUGAAGUCCGCAAUGGCACUGACAACCAGCGCAGAGAACGAAGGCGUUAACCGUACUGCUUGGCGGCCAUCUAAGUCUCGUUUGCGGUACCAAGUGCUUCAGCAACGCGAGAACUUCGAGCACUGGGCUGAAUGGCGCGACGAUAUUGUCCAACACGAACGCGAGCAGGAUCGUUUGGCUGCAGCCAAGCGUGAGCGAGCACUGCGUGACCGUCUGCCGAAACAUGCACACAAAGCCUCUGUUGAGUUUCCUCAGGGUCUCGGUCACGGAAUGAUGGGUCGGGCAUGGCAGAUCCUAGGUAUGCAAAACCAUCGCAAGACUGGUUCCACAAGUUCACCCGCCCCGGAUGGCGUGGAGAUUGUACCUUCGUACUAG